AUGGACUCCCAUCCGUAUGACGCAUCGGUCAUGAUGGCAUCUGGCGCGCCUCUGAUGAACGGACUGCUGACCAGUGUACCACCUGGUGCUCCUGGCACGCUCAGCGGCCCAGGCGGUCUCACGCAGCCGCAUCAUCUUCCGAACCAGCCACCGCAACAACAUCAGCAACACCAACAGCACCAACAGCACCAACAGCACCAGCAGCACCAGUCGCUCUCUCAACCUCUCCCGGUGUCGCAAGGGCACCAGAUGCAAUCCCACCCGGCCCAGCCUCUCCAUUCGCAGCCGCUUCAAGCGCAGGCCCUUCAAGCGCCGCCGCCCAUCCAGACACAGACGCUGUCGGCGCAACCGUUCCAGCAGCAAGCGUUCCAGAGCCAGCAGCAACCUCCGCCACCGCCGACAUCCUUGGCCAGUUCCGGGACUACCACCAAUACGACAACGCCGACACUCUCCGCCUACGACGAUGGCAACGCCAAUGCUUCUAACACGAGCCCGAGCGACACGUCGCAGAACACGAGCCAGGAGAACCGCUCGCCCAUCGGGCAGCCUUUCACAGCCGUGCCGACAGCCUGUUUAGGAUGCCGCAGCAAGCACCUGAAGUGCGACGGACAGGUCCCUUGCUCCCGCUGCAAGAUGGCCGAGAUGGAGUGUGUCUACAUUGCCUCGCGCCGAGGCUACAAAGGGCCACGGAAGUCCAACAAGCGGAUGAGGUCGUCAUCGCCGCCACCUGGCUCACUGCUGGGUACAAGCAUGGCUUCGUCUGCUCCGGACAACUGCCCCAUGCUUCUCGGUGCAGCACCACACACAGCCUCACCCCAGGACUUGGCCACUGUGUCAGCCGCAUUUGCACAAUCCACUGGAAUAGGACCCGCCACGUCAGGAUACACGACCGCCAAUGCCAUCGGUACGCUUCCCCCCGGCACAGUCACGUAUCCCGGAACGGUAGCCGGAACGUCUGCAUCUCUGUCUUCUACGCCGGCAGGGUCUGUGUCCCAACAGCUGAGUCUUUACGGGAACGGCUACGGCGCCAACGGCAACGUGGUCCUUACCGGAGGUCACUUGGCACCUGUCGUGCCAAUUGAGGACCGCUGCUUCGACGCCUUUUACCACUACUUUUACGGCGGCCACCCGUUUGCGCUACCCAAGGAUGUUAUGUUAUCGCUUGCCAGGGACAGCUCGUCCAACAUCGGCCACCUCAUCGCCGCCAUGCGGUACAUCGGCUCCCUGUACAUCAACGCCGGUCCGGCGCGGGCCAUGUUCUUUGACGAAGCCAAGCAAUUAAUCUACCUUCCGUCGUGUCCCAAGGACGGCUUCUUGGUGCAGGCGAUGAUCAUGUUGGUUGUCGGGCUGGAUGGUAGCUGCGAGCAGGAGCAGGCACGUGAGAUCCUCAGCGACGUCGAGCGGAUUGCGCUGGACAUUGGCCUGCACGAGCGUGGAUUUGCCGUGGCCAACGGACGAGGCAACCCCAUUUUCGAAGAAAGCUGGCGGCGCACGUGGUGGGAUCUUUUUGUCGUCGACGGCAUGGUGGCCGGUGUACAUCGGGUGACCAAUUUCGCGCUGUUUGACGUUCCCGCGCAAGUCGGGCUUCCGUGCGAGGAGCAGCAGUACCUGGCUGGAAACAUUCCGACGCCACUGGCCUACAUUGAAGACUUUGACGAUCGCUUGUUCAGCGGCGAAGACCGGGAGUUCUCGUCGUUUACGUACCGCAUUGCUGCGGCGCGGAUCCUCGGCCGCAUGAUGCGGUGCCCGCCGAUCCUGUUCCCAAUGGACGAGAAUCUCGAGAAGAUCGAGGCGAUGCUGUCCAACUGGCGGAUGCACCUGCCUGCCAGCAAGCGGGACGACCUGAACAAGCACUGUCAACUGGACGAGAUGAUGUUCCAGGCCCAUUUUAUUACCCAUGCUUGCUCAAUCAUGUUGCACCAGCCGCAUUCGCAGCUGGACUCGUCGCCCACGCGCAGCGUUACGUCGUGCGCGCCGCACAGCCACGUGCCCAGCGGUGAUGCCUUCAACACGCACACGCGCCACGCCAUCACGGCUGCCUGUGAGAUUAGCAAGAUGGUUACGCAGGCCGUACCGCUGCUGUCGCACACGCAUUUCUUUACGUGUGUCAUCACGCUGUCGUCGAUUGUCCACCUCAGCAAGUGGGCGCUGUACUACAUCCAGGACGAGGAGGACCUGCGGGAGCAGAUCCGCCUGAACAUUGGCGCGCUCAACAAGCUCAGCGACGUCUGGAAGGCGGCGAAUACGGCGAGUGGGCAGGUCAAGGGUGUUGCUCAGGAGAUUUACCGAGCCAAGAAGGCGCAGCAGAUCAACCCGGCCUUCUGGGUCGGCUUCACGCAGGAGGAGAUGAUCAACAGCCUCAACACCGACGAAGGCAUCAUGAGCGAGUUUGAGACGCUGCUGCCCGUGGCAACGCAAUGA